AUGUCCCUCUACAUGGUCACGUCGAUCGGCUUGACGGGGGACAACCUGGCGCUCCUGUCAGCAGUGGCCAGCCUCGUCGAUCAGUACCCGAUCCCAUUUUUCAUAGGGGCUGACUGGAACACUGAAGCGCAUGAGUUGCAGGACGGCGAUUGGUGCGAAGAGGUGGACGCCAUCAUCGUGAAUGCUGGCAUGCCGACUUGCGAUGAUCACGAGUUCGACUACUUCGUGAUGUCGCGCUCGCUCGCGCACUUCGUGCAGACACCUCUCGCCUACGCUGGAACUCCUGCUGGCACACAUGACCAG